GAUGCUGAAAUAGCAGCAGUGAGAGGAGACUGAACUCAGUGUGAAACAUCCAGCUUGUGGCUCUGCUGAACUCUUGAGAUGACAAUAGGGAGCAUGGAGAACGUGGAGGUGUUCACUUCGGAGGGCAAGGGCAGGGGGCUAAAGGCCACGAAGGAGUUCUGGGCUGCCGAUGUCAUCUUCGCUGAGCGGGCUUACUCAGCGGUGGUUUUUGACAGCCUUGUUAACUUUGUGUGCCACACCUGCUUCAAGAGACAGGAGAAGCUCCACCGCUGCGGGCAGUGCAAGUUCGCCCACUACUGUGACCGCACCUGCCAGAAGGAUGCUUGGCUGAACCACAAAAAUGAGUGUUUGGCCAUCAAGAGACAUGGGAAAGUGCCUAACGAGAACAUCAGGCUGGCAGCGCGCAUCAUGUGGCGAGUGGAGAGAGAGGGCACGGGGCUCACGGAAGGCUGCCUGGUCUCCGUGGAUGACUUGCAGAACCACGUGGAUCAAUUUGGGGAGGAGGAGCAGAAGGAGCUGCGGGUGGACGUGGAUGCGUUCUUGCAGUACUGGCCGCCGCAGAGCCAGCAGUUCAGCAUGCAGUACAUCUCGCACAUCUUUGGUGUGAUCAACUGCAAUGGUUUCACUCUCAGUGACCAGAGAGGCCUGCAGGCUGUGGGUGUGGGCAUCUUUCCUAACCUGGGCCUGGUGAACCACAACUGUUGGCCCAACUGCACUGUCAUAUUUAACAAUGGCAAUCAUGAGGCAGUGAAAUCCAUGUUUCACACCCAGAUGAGGAUCGAGCUGCGGGCCCUGGGCAAAAUCUCAGAAGGGGAGGAGCUCACAGUGUCCUAUAUCGACUUCCUCAACCUGAGCGAAGAACGCAAGAAGCAGCUGAAGAAGCAAUACUACUUUGACUGCACCUGCGAGCAUUGCCAAAAAGGGCUGAAGGACGACCUCUUCCUGGGGGUGAAGGACAACCCCAAGCCAUCUCAGGAACAGGUGAAAGAGAUGACUCAACACUGCAAGGAUACUCUGGAGAAAAUAGACAAGGCUCGCUCGGAGGGUUUGUACCAUGAGGUUGUGAAAUUAUGCCGCGACUGCCUGCAGAAGCAGGAGCCCGUGUUUGCCGACACCAACCUUUACACACUGCGGAUGCUGAGCAUCGUGUCUGAGGUCCUGUCCUACCUCCAGGCCUUUGAGGAGGCCUCGCACUAUGCCAAGAGGAUGGUGGAUGGCUAUAUGAAGCUCUACCACCCCAACAAUGCCCAACUGGGCAUGGCCGUGAUGCGGGCAGGGUUGACCAACUGGCAUGCUGGCAACAUUGAGGUGGGGCAUGGGAUGAUCUGCAAAGCCUAUGCCAUUCUCCUGGUGACACAUGGACCCUCGCAUCCCAUCACCAAGGACUUAGAGGGCAUGCGCAUGCAGACGGAGAUGGAGUUGCGCAUGUUCCGCCAGAAUGAAUUCAUGUACUACAAGAUGCGGGAGGCCGCCCUCAACAACCAGCCCAUGCAGGUCAUGGCUGAGCCCAGCAAUGAGCCAGCUCCAGCUCUGUUCCACAAGAAGCAGUAGGGACUCUCCAAGCUGGGGUUGGGGAGGGAGGUGGGCAAUGUGGGGAUCUGAGGAG